AACAGGGGAGGCCCCACAUUAGCAUAAUGACAUCAUCAUAUAUAACCAUAAACUCACAUUAAUGAAUAAUGAAAGCAAAGUUUAUUCCAUUUGGAAGCGCCCGAUGCUUCAACAUGUCGGCAUUCAGAGAUGUUUGAUGUGUUUCAGGUGGUUUGAUCUUUGCUGUUUGAUGUUGGACGAUCCUGCUCACGCCAUCUGCUUGGAGGUCUUCACUCAGGCCACUCCUCUGGCUCUGGAUCACGUUCAGCAGGCUCAGUCCCGGACCCCUCCUGACUACAGCCUGCGUUGGUCCGGUCUGGCUGUGACGGUGGGGGAGGUCCUGGAGCACGGUCUGCCCAACAUUAACAGGACAGACUGGCAUCAGUCUGUGACGGGGCUGAGCCAACGUCACAUGAUCCAGAGCGCGGCCAAAGCUCUGGCUGGAAUCUACAAACAGAAACUUCCUUCCUGGAUGGAAUGAGGCUGAUGAAGAUAACCGCUAACGUUCCUCUCUUUGUUUUAGAUCCAUUGCUUUGUGCCAACAGAGAUUAUCUCAGUUCAUUUUUAAUUUUUAUGAUUUCAACUCAGUCUUUUGUUGAAGUAUUGCGCUUUGAAAAAGUAAACAAUUGACAAUCAGUAUGUAUUCUAGAUGGGUCACUGUCUAGUAUUUUUAAAGCAUAGUGCCAGUUUUCUGACACUGUCUGCCAUGUAAAUAAAAAUGCAAACCCUUACAAUGAUUUUCAUAAGUUGAUGAAUUGAAAAUAAAUGUACGUUUUCCCAUUUUCCCCUAACGGUU